AUGGUCACAAAACAUCAUACUGAAAAGGAUCAUUUGGAUGAAGCUACGACGGAUCCCGAAGUUAAACGGGUAAAAUUAGAAAACAAGCUGGAAGGAACACAAUCUGAAGAGGCAAGAACGAACGAACCAGAAAGUACCAAUAAGGAGGAAAGAGGGGGGUUUGAAAAGGAAACAGAAAGAAUUGGAGGAUCUGAAGUGAUCACAGAUGUUGAAAAAGGAAUUGUCAAAUUUGAAUUUGAUGGUGUUGAAUACACAUUUAAAGAGAGACCCAGUGUUGUCGAGGAAAACGAAGGGAAAAUCGAGUUUAGGGUAGUAAAUAAUGAUAAUACUAAAGAAAAUAUGAUGGUUCUCACAGGACUAAAAAACAUUUUUCAAAAGCAAUUACCGAAGAUGCCCAAGGAAUAUAUUGCCAGAUUAGUCUACGACCGAAGCCAUCUUUCCAUGGCUGUCAUUAGAAAGCCCUUAACUGUUGUAGGUGGUAUAACAUAUCGACCUUUCGAUAAAAGAGAAUUUGCAGAAAUUGUCUUCUGUGCCAUUAGUUCGACAGAGCAAGUUCGCGGUUAUGGUGCGCAUUUAAUGAAUCAUCUCAAAGACUAUGUUAGAAAUACUUCCAACAUAAAAUACUUCUUGACAUAUGCAGAUAAUUACGCCAUUGGUUAUUUCAAAAAGCAAGGUUUCACCAAAGAAAUCACAUUAGAUAAAAGUAUAUGGAUGGGGUAUAUUAAAGAUUAUGAAGGUGGUACGUUGAUGCAAUGCUCUAUGUUACCAAGGAUACGAUAUUUGGACGCAGGUAAGAUCCUGUUAUUACAGGAAGCGGCUCUACGAAGAAAAAUAAGGACGAUUUCGAAGUCACAUAUUAUAAGGCCUGGAUUAGAGCAAUUCAGAGACUUGAAAAAUAUCAAACCAAUUGAUCCAAUGACUAUUCCUGGUUUGAAAGAAGCCGGUUGGACUCCUGAAAUGGAUGCGUUGGCGCAACGUCCAAAACGUGGCCCUCAUGAUGCAGCAAUACAAAACAUACUCACAGAGUUACAAAAUCAUGCAGCAGCCUGGCCUUUCUUACAGCCCGUUAAUAAAGAGGAAGUGCCCGAUUACUAUGAUUUUAUCAAAGAGCCAAUGGACUUGAGUACCAUGGAAAUAAAACUAGAAAACAACAAAUAUCAAAAAAUGGAAGAUUUCAUAUAUGAUGCUAGAUUGGUGUUCAACAAUUGUCGAAUGUACAAUGGUGAAAAUACAUCGUAUUAUAAGUAUGCUAAUAGGUUAGAGAAGUUUUUCAACAAUAAAGUAAAAGAAAUACCUGAAUAUUCGCACCUGAUUGAUUAA